AUGAGUACGGCGCAGGAUGGGGCCACCAGGAAAAACAGGGCCGCCUCUAACGUCGAACCGAAUGGAACAUAUGGAGAUGCAUCAACACAUUGUUGUCAUGGCAAUGUAACUGUAGAAGAUAAAAGCUACAGUGUUUUUUGGCUUGUAUCCUGUUAUUAUCUGCAGGGUGAUGACAAGGUGGACGUGUGUGGCCGGGGGAGUUGGUGGCUGGGAACACUGAAAGACACACCAAUCCCAGGUGCCUAUCACGUACGGGACUUCAUUGAAGAAGCUGAACUGAACCCGGUGAGGAAGACCUACGGCUUUAAAGGUGUUGGUAGAAAUUCACAGAUUCUGGGCGUACGUAAGGGGGAUUUGCUUCUCCCCGGGGCGUACAACUACACCGACUCCAUACAGGAGCUCCUAAUGCACCAGGCCUCCUACUCUUUCAAAAACUGUCCAAGACCCAACAUCGUCACCCUGGGCAUCAGGGACAAGCAUCUAAACACUUCACCGCGCGACUACAACGUGACAGCAAAACUGGUGGAGAAGAUUCCCUGCAAGCAUGGGGUGUUUCGGUCAACCGUGCAGCGGAUCAGCUUUCCUCCUAGGGAGGGACCUUCCCCAUGCCACUAUAACCCACAGACAAGACCAGGAAAAGGCAUCACUUCCUGCUUCAAAUCCAACUUGCCACGGCUCCACUGUGUGCACUCUAAGACCCCGGGUCCAGGGGCCUACGAACCUUGCUGGAACUUGGGUGACCGUCUCAACACGGAGGCCAUGGACCCCUCAUUUAGCCUCUUCUUUCGCAACAUCCUCUAGUGUGGAGAAUGCCACAAUGCCUUCAUCCCACCACCAUCCCGUCAGCCCGCAUGGCAGAUCACACACACAGUGACCCUGCCUUCUUUUUAAAAUUAAAAGGAAAAUGUACAUAAAGAAAGCAAUACUGUAGUUUCUUAUUACAUGGACCAAUGUUUAUCUGUAUGACACAUCAACAAAAUGAGCCGCAUUCUUUGUGCUCAAAUUGCUUUAGUGACGCUGGCCAGGGAAGCAGAAUGAUCUUAUCUGCUACAAAGGCUACUUCAUUCCACUUAACUUCAUGUUCCCGGUACUCCGCCCCCCCCCCUUCACGUCGCCUCUCUCCCAUCUCUGUCGGCAGAUGUGCCGCUUUGCCUUGCUAUGGUAUUUCAGCCCUGCGAUGCACUCAGGAGGGGGAAUGCUGCUCAGCCAUGCGUCACAUGCACAUAGCUUAGUGUGGCAUGCUGCACCCUCAGAUAACACAUUUAGAAUUAGGGGCCAAGGCAGAGCCACACAAUAAAACAUCUAUUCUUAUCGCUACCUACUCUUCCCUUUACUUUUGGCAAACAAAUGCGGCCAGUAAUGGCGGGACACAAGUGAGCAGCGGCGAUAGGAAAGGCGCGUUGGAUGGGUGCAUGAAAUCAUUGCAGAUUUGUUGUUGGUGGGAUCCUGAGCAAUGUUUAUCAUUCAUUCACUGCAGGAGGCUUUUUUGCUGAGCAUGCAUGCAUUUCGUUAGCACUGCCAUACACACAUCAGAAUGUUACGCCACAGCCAAUUAGACAGCUGCUGAGGAAGGGGAGCUAUUUUCAUCUGUUCUGCCCACUCAUAUUCUGGAUAAAAAUGUGACAUUGGUAAGUAGAGCCCAAUUUCUUUAGCUUGUCUAUCACUAAACAGCCGACACUGAGGGCCAUGUCUUUGGUGAUGUUGCUGGAGACUUUUUUGUUGGAUGCUUGUUUGAACUUCAAAUGGAUUAUUAUUAUUCAACAGGACUGGGUACAUGGCGCUGCAAGGUUUGAGUUAGGAAAGCCAAUGCAGCAUAGUAAUGGAGCGACUUCUCAA